AUGCCUGGGACUCAUUCCCCCAAGCUUGGGCCCUGGGGCAACUUCUGGGCCACCAUGACCUUGCUGGGCCUAGCUGUGCAUGCAGCCCAGAAAGCACACGUCGCUGGUGAAGCAGCAGAUGCCUCUAUUAACCACUCUUUGACAAUGCUCCAGCGCUUGCGGGAGUUACAACAGCUGGGCAAUGAGAGUGACACAGUGUUGCGGGUGCAAGCUGAAGGUACAGAUGAAGUCCACAUCUUCCACACUCACCGGCUGCUCCUGGGCCUGCAGAGUGAGGUCUUCCAGGGACUGCUGUACAACCAAAGUGAAGUGACGUUGCAGGAGCCCAGGGACUGUGCUGCUGUCUUUGACAAAUUUAUCAGGUAUCUGUACUGUGGGGAGCUAUCCCUCCUGAUGUCUCAGGCCAUCCCCCUGCACACAUUGGCCAGCAAAUAUGGUGUGACUUCUCUACAGCAGGGCAUAGCUGAGUACAUGAAGUCACACCUUGCGGGAGAGAUGGGGGGUCCUGGCCCAGCUGUGGGUUGGUACCACUAUGCAGCACGAACAGGCAAUGAAGACCUCAGGGAGAGUUGCCUCCAGUUCCUAGCUUGGAACCUGUCGGCUGUGGUGGGGAGCUCUGAGUGGGGGGAAGUGACCCCAGAGCUCUUGGCCCAACUGCUAGACCGCUCUGACCUGGUGCUCCAGGAUGAAUUGGAGCUCUUCCAGGCCCUGGAAGUCUGGCUGGGCCGGGCCCGCCCUCCCACACCUGUGGCCGAGCAGGCACUUAGGGCCAUUCGCUACCCCAUGAUCCCGCCUGCCCAGCUGUUCCAGCUGCAGGCCCAGUCACCAGCCCUGGCUCGCCAUGGAGAGGCUGUGGGGGAUCUCCUCCUACAGGCCUACCAGUUCCAUUCAGCCUCUCCCCUCCACUAUGCCAAAUUCUUUGAUGUCAAUGGCAGUGCUUUCUUGCCUCGCAACUACCUCUCUCCAGCUUGGGGGGCCCUGUGGGUCAUCAGCAACCCUGCCCGAGAUGACCGGAGCACAAGCUUCCAGACACAGCUGGGCCCCAGCGGGCACGAUGCAGGCAGGCGGGUGACGUGGAACGUCCUCUUCUCCCCACGCUGGCUGCCCAUCAGUCUGCGGCCUGUCUAUGCCGAUACCGCUGGGGCUGCCCUGCCGGCUGCACGCCCCGAGGAUGGGCGGCCCCGACUGGUUGUGACUCCAGCCAGCAUCAGUGGGGAUGCCGCCGGCGUGAGCUUCCAGAAGACAGUAUUGGUCGGAGCUCGACAGCAGGGGCGGCUCCUGAUACGCCAUGCUUACAGCUUCCACCAGAGCAGUGAUGAGUCUGGGGACUUCUUGGCCCACACCGAUCUGCAACGGCGCAACUCUGAGUACUUGGUGGAGAACGCCCUUCACCUGCAUCUCAUUAUCAAGCCCAUCUACCACAGCCUCAUUCGGACCCACAAAUAG